AUGGUAGGCGUCUUUGCGGGGAGGCAAGUGCUGACCGAAUCUCGCUUCCGGCUUCUAGAAAUCGACCGUAGAUCAAAAUGCAUCGUCGACAUGAAGGACAACCAAACCGUCCUGACGCUACCCGACGGCCAUGCGGGCGUCAAAGGAGCCAAGGACGGCGGAGCCAAGACGUUUGCUUUCGAUAGAUCAUACUGGUCCUUCAACAAGGACGACGCCAACUACGCCGGCCAGUCGAGCCUCUUCGACGACCUCGGCGGUCCGCUGCUGGACAACGCCUUUCAGGGGUACAACAACUGCAUCUUCGCCUACGGCCAGACCGGUUCGGGGAAAUCCUAUUCCAUGAUGGGCUACGGCAAGGAGGUCGGCAUCAUCCCCAACAUUUGCCAAGAAAUGUUCGGGCGAAUCGAUGCCAUCCAGGCCGACGGCACCACCAAGUGCACCAUCGAAGUCUCCUACCUCGAAAUCUACAACGAGCGCGUCCGCGAUCUGCUCAAUCCUUCGACCAAGGGAAACCUCAAAGUGCGAGAGCAUCCGUCGACGGGCCCCUACGUCGAGGAUCUCGCCAAGCUCGUCGUCGGAAGCUUCCAGGAAAUCGAGAACUUGAUGGACGAAGGAAACAAGGCGCGGACGGUGGCGGCGACCAACAUGAACGAGACGUCGAGUCGAAGCCACGCCGUCUUCACCAUCAUGCUCACCCAGAAGAAGCUUGACGUCGAGACCAAGAUGGAGAUGGAAAAGGUGGCCAAGAUUAGCCUCGUCGACUUGGCCGGUUCCGAGAGGGCCACCUCGACGGGCGCCACCGGCGCCCGCCUGAAGGAGGGCGCCGAAAUUAACCGAUCCCUCUCGACCCUCGGCCGUGUCAUUGCCGCCCUGGCCGACUUGUCGACCGGGAAGAAGAAAAAGGGCCAGAGUCAGGUCCCGUACCGAGAUAGCGUCCUCACCUGGCUGCUUAAGGACUCGCUCGGCGGCAACAGCAUGACGGCCAUGAUUGCGGCCAUCAGCCCCGCCGACAUCAAUUACGACGAAACGCUCAGCACCUUGCGAUACGCCGACUCCGCCAAGCGCAUCAAGAACCAUGCCGUCAUCAACGAGGAUGCCAACGCGCGCAUGAUCAGGGAACUCAAGGAGGAGCUCGCCCUCUUGCGAGGGAAGCUCGGAGGCGGCUCCACCGCCGGCGGCCCGGGAUCGCUGCCGGGCGAGACGUACGACGACGGCACACCUCUGGAGAAGCAGAUGGUCAGCAUCACGGGCCCGGAUGGCGUCGUCAAGAAAGUCUCCAAGGCCGAGAUCGCCGAGCAGCUGAGCCAGAGCGAGAAGCUGCUCACCGACCUCAACCAAACGUGGGAGCAGAAGCUGCAGAAGACGGAAGAGAUCCAAAAGGAGCGCGAGGCAGCCUUGGAGGAGCUCGGCAUCAGCAUCGAAAAGGGCUUCAUCGGCCUGCACACGCCCAAGAAGAUGCCGCAUCUGGUCAACCUGUCCGACGACCCCCUCCUGGCCGAGUGCUUGGUGUACAACGUCAAGCCCGGAACGACGACGGUCGGAAACGUCGACACCAACGCCGACCACCAGGCCAACAUUCGCCUCAAUGGAACCCGAAUCUUGCACGACCACUGUACCUUUGAGAACGCUUCGGACGGCACCGUCACCGUCAUUCCCGGCGAGGGGGCCUCCGUCAUGGUCAACGGCAAGCGGGUUGCCGAGCCGACCCAGCUUCACUCCGGCUACCGAAUCAUUCUGGGAGACUUUCACAUCUUCAGGUUCAACCAUCCCAUGGAGGCGAGGGCCGAGCGGGCCGAGGUUGGCCAGAGCCUGCUGCGGCACACCGUCACCGCGAGCCAGAUUCAAACGUUGGACCGAGCCUCCCCAAGCCCCUCGCCCCGGCUGGGUCACGAACGGUCGUUCAGCAGGGCCUCGGAUGCGCUUGACUCUCAGCCCGACUCCCCGAGUCCCUUCCUUCGAAAUGGCAGAGACUCGGACUGGUCGCUUGCCCGGCGGGAGGCUGCCGGAGCCAUCCUCGGGACGGACCAAAACCUGGCGAGCAUGACGGAUGAAGAGCUCAACGCCUUGUUCGAAGAGGUUCAACGGGCACGCGCCGAGCGUGUUAAUGGCCGAGAAGAUGGCGACGACUCCGAAUCGGCCACUUCCUGCCAGCUCCGAGAAAAGUACACGUCUGUUGGAACCUUUGACAACUUCUCUCUCGACACCGCCCUCACCAUGCCGUCGACACCAAAGCAAGUCGAGGCCGAGGAGAGGCUACGAGAAGUGCGGGAGGAAAUGCAGAGCGAGCUAGACCGCCAGAAGGAGGAAUUCCAAGCACAGCUCAAGACGGCCGAGGCGGCGAACGUGGAGGUGGAAGAGAUUCGCCAGGAAAAGGCGAAGAUGGAGACGGCCCUCGAGGAGUUGAAGGAGGACAUGCAGAGGCAGCUCGUCAUCCAGCGCAAGCAGUUCGAGGACAAGAUUGAGAAGCUCGACCCCCUCAAAAGACCGCGCCCGAGCCAGAAGCUGUCCGAUUCCGAGAUCGGACUCGCCAAGGAGGCCGUCAAGGUGUGGCAGGGCCGGCACUAUGUCAAGAUGGCCGAAGCCGUCCUCCAGCACGCCGCGAUUCUCAAAGAGGCCCAAAUCAUGAGCAACGAGCUCAACGGAAGCGUCGUCUUCCAGUUUGCCGUCGUCGAUGUCGGACACGGCGUUUGUUCCUCCUACGACAUGGUCCUCAACGGCUUGAAUGGAGAGGGUGACGAUCCCGCGCUGGAAGAGGCUCGCAAGCCUUGCAUCGGCGUCCGCGUUAUCGACUACAAGCACAACGUAGUCCAUCUUUGGAGCAUCGAGAAGCUCCACGACCGCGUUCGGCAGAUGCGGCAGAUGCAUCAGUACCUCGACCAGCCGGAGUAUGCCCAACAUCUGAGUCUCGACAACCCGUUCGUCGAAACUUGCAUGCCAUCCUACACCCUGGUUGGCGAGGCCGACGUUCCUCUCAAGGCAGUUUUCGAGAGCCGAGUGCAGGACUUUUCGCUCGACGUUCACUCGCCCUACACUUCGCACGCGAUCGGCAUCGUCAAGCUGUCACUCGAGCCCUCCCACGCACGAGCGCCGACCAACACGCUCAAGUUUAACGUGGUCGUGCAUGAGCUCGUUGGCUUCGCGGAGCGGGAAGGGACAGAGGUUCACGCUCAGCUCUACAUACCCGGCACGUCCGAGGAGGACGGGGUGACGACGACACAGAUGAUUCAAGAUUUCGAUGAAGGGCCUGUCCGAUUUGAGAGCGUCCACAACAUGAGCGUGUCCGUCUUCGCACCCCUCGGCACAACUCUCAGGCUUGCCAUUUUCGCCAACAUCUCCGUCAUGCACCUCGACAAGCUCCUAAGCUGGGAUGACAUGAGAGACGCCGGCCCGAUGGGUGACGGAAAGAAGUCGUCGCGAAUCAGCGAGUCGCAGUUUUUCACCCAGGAGAAGCACGACCUGCUGGCCCGCGUGCAGAUCAUGGAGCUGAACGAGGUUGGCGAGUACCAACCCGUCGAGGUGACGCAGACCAGCGAGCUCGACACGGGCACCUUCCAGCUGCACCAGGGCUUGCAGCGAAGAAUUGGCAUCAACAUUUCGCACAGCUCUGGGGAGGCGUUGCCUUGGGGGGAUGUCACGGCCGUGCGCGUGGGCAGAAUCCGCCUGGUCGAUUCGGCGGGCAAGACGCCCGACAUGAAUAGCAAGGAAGCCCACGUCGCACUCAAGCUGUCGUCGAACCCCAUCUUUCGCGAGAACGCAAACGGAACAAGAAGCAUUACCAUCUACGCCCAGUGGGACUCGAGUUUGCACAACUCGCUGCUUCUGGACAGGGUGACGGUAGACAAGUACCGUGUUCAGAUGACCAUCUUUUGGGAGGUCAGCUCCGACAAGCUGGCCGAGCCGAUGAAGUUCGCGCAGAAAGUGUGCGUGCAGAUACUUUCCAGGAAUUUCGUCCGCCAGACCUCCGUCUUCUCGUCGCUGUUUCAGAAUGUUCGGUUCGUCCGCUCGUCGUCGGGCAUCUUCACCCUGACGAUGCGUCCAGCCCCGGUCAAGAGAGUGGGCGACUUGUGGCGGAUGAACAGCCAGCAUGAAUACGUCAAGGGCGAGGAGAACCUUAGCAGCUGGACUCCCCGCGGCGUCUCCCUCGUCAGCGAUUUCAUACUGGCGAAGAAGAAGAGGAAGCGGACGGCCGAGAUUGGCGUGAUGCAUGCCUGCCUGAACAAGAUGGGCGUCGAUGCCUCCGCUGUGCAUACACUCCCCAAGAAGGAGUUGGGGACGAAGAAGGGGCUUACGAUCAACACGGUUGUGCCGGACGUUGACGAUGAUGUUCUCAACGACACCCCUGAUACGUCUCAGAUGCCCACCUUUGAGGACGAUGAAGACAUGGCGGAGGAUCCGCAAGAGGAGACGAUAAAGGUGGAUGCGAACGAGUCGUUGGUUAAGAAGCCCGAAUACGACGAGGGUGAGACGGAACUGUUGGAGCGGUGCCUCAACCUCUGGAAGAGGUAUCCCGACCCGCUGAGUAGCAUCCUGAGCCCAGCAAACACGGCUCCCCCUUUGAGCGGCAUCGCGCCAGAGUCGCCCCCCCCGAGCCUCAUCACGACAAUCAUUCGAGUACCGAAGAAUCCAAAAGUGCUCAAGGGCGGGUACCUGCUCGUGCCCAACAGCGAUUCGACACGGUGGGUGAAGCGCUUCGUCGAGUUGCGGCGGCCUUAUCUCCACAUCCACUCGGCCACGGGCGGCGACGAGGUUGCCAUCGUAAGCUUGCGAAACUCUCGCGUCGACAGCCAACCUGGCGUCCUCGGCAUCCUCCACGGACCGGAGGGUGGUGAUGAGUCACCGGCACAAGGCCAGCAUGGAAUCCAGGACUUGUCUUCUGGUCAUCGCCGCACAUCCUCGGGCAGGGUCAUAUCGACCAUCUGGACGGGCAUUGGGGGCACAGGCUCGGCUUCGUUGGGGGGGUCAGGGCCGCAACGCCUCAGCGAACGGAUGCAGUCGGCCGUGUUUGCCAUCUACGGGACUGACAACACCUGGCUCUUUGCCGCUCGCAGCGAACGCGACAAGGUAGACUGGAUCUUCCGCAUCGACCAGACGUACCUUGCGAACAGCGAAAGCAACCCCAACAGCGGCGUCAUGAGCCCCAGGAGCCAGUAUUAG